ACUGAAAGCGUGACAAGUGAGGAUAGCGAGAGCAGCGUGCUAAGCGAGGCGAGUGUAGAAAGCCGUGUCAGUGUGGAAAGCCAGGAGAGUGUAGAAAGCCAAAGCAGCGUGGAAAGCCAGGAGAGUGUAGAAAGCCUUUCCAGUGUGGAAAGCCAGUGCAGCGUGGAAAGCCAGCAGAGUGUAGAAAGCAUGGAAAGCCAGGCUACCCAAGAAACAAGCGGAUCUAGUCGGGAAAGCGUGUACAGCGAGUAUAGCCUGAACUCUGAGUUGAGCUAUGAUAGCCCUCCAGAAGAUGAGGCCGGCGCAGAGGAAACAUCGAGCUCAUCAGCUACUACCAUUUCAUUACCCACACAGCAAGCUCCUUCUACCAGUAGUAGCUCUGGCCCUGACCGUCAACAAGUAGCCGAGUCCUCGGAGGCUGCGGAAUCCAGUCAGGAGGAAGGCAGGAACACUCCUCGGAAUAGCGAGAGGAAUGAGCCGAACGGAAACCUGUCCCCUGCGCGCCUCCAGCGCAUCAACCGCUACUGCGAUGAUUGCAUCGCCUGGAUUGAUUCCAACAACACAGGAGGGUCAGCGUCGGGAGCUCCAAAUGUAUUGCGUCACUUUCGCCGUACCAGGGAAUCCACCUCGGUGGAGGUCUUUGUUCUAUCUCCUAUGGAUAUGAUUCCUAUUAUUGAUUGGAUUCCUUAUCCCACUGCCGACGUGGCCAGCGCAUCAGCUCCACCGAGUCGACAGCAUAUUGAUCCUGGUCCAACACCCACCACGAGCUCUACAAGACCGGAUAGCAACGAGCUUUUGCCAUCGCCACCGCCACCCAAGCGCAUGUGUUACCAUCCGGAUCUGUACAAGUGCCCGGUGUGCCUGGAUGUUGUGACCCAUCGUGAGCCGGUCACCACUAAGUGCGGCCAUGUCUUCUGCCGCAUCUGCAUCAAAACCGCCAUUCGCACCAUGCACAAAUGUCCGAUGUGCAACACGGCCCUAACCAAUAAUCAAUAUAUGCGUAUCUUCAUAUAACGUAGUCAUAUAAAUUGAUAGUCAUCGAGCUUUGUAUUGUAUAUAUUUAUAUACUAUGUCUAAAAACGAUCGUUUGGCUAUAUGUACAUCAAAACCAAGAACUGUAAAAUGUGCGUGUGAUUUGAAAUUAAAUAAAUCCCUGCACUAUUAUAAUA